GAUAGUAGUCGAAAUCUGGUUUAUAUACAAUUUUUGGAAUUAAAGAAAGUAGUCGAAUGCUUUAAAUUGUCGACGCCUAAAACAAAUCCUCCCCAGUUCUCACCAUUAGCCUGAAAGUUUCUCACAUCUGAUCUGCGCAGCAGUUGUAAUGUUCGGAAUUUACGAUUAUUAUUGACAUGGAUGCGAAUGAUGAUCGCCACAGAAAUAGUGCUAUAAUAAUUUUUUACUUAUCCUCCGAUUAACGUUUAAUCCUGAGAAGGAAGCAACUAAUAAGAGAAGGCGAGAUGACAGCUGCUGCUGGCAUAGGAUAUGCCUUGAUAGCUCUGGGACCGGCUCUUUCUGUAUUCGUCACUGUCAUUGCCAAAAAACCCUUCCUCGUUCUCACCCUUCUUACAAGUGCACUCAUAUGGCUUAUAAGUCUCAUAAUACUAGCAGGCAUUUGGAGAGCGUUUCUUCCUCUUGGUCCUUCUGUAUGGCCAUAUGCAUUGAUCCUGAUUACAUCUGUUGGUUUUCAAGAAGGAUUUAGACUUCUAUUCUGGAAGCUGUACAUGAAGGUGGAAACAAUGCUGGAUGCUCUAGCGCAGAAGGUAUCAAAGCCUCGUCUUUCUCUAACAGAUAAAAUGCAGAUUGCGCUUGCUGGAGGUUUAGGCCAUGGUGUGGCUCAUGCUGUAUUUUUCUGUCUUAGCCUUCUUACUCCUGCGUUUGGCCCAGCUACAUUUUAUGUCGACAGUUGUAAUAAGAUGCCUUUUUUCCUUGUUGCUGCAUUGAUUUCUCUGGGAUUUCUUACAAUCCACACAUUCUCUAUGGUCAUUGCAUUCAAUGGAUAUGCAGAAGAGAAGAAAUUGCACCAGCUAUUUGUACCUGUUAUUCAUCUAGUCGCAUCAAUGUUGACACUAGUGAAUCUUAUACCUGGUGGUUGCGUAGCUGGAGUACCUUUGGUAUUUUUCUCUGCUGCCGUAACCUUGUUUUACUGUGGUAAGAUGGUUUUGGAAAGAAUCACGAGUAAUGUAGAUGACAUACCCAGUAGGCAAAGAAUUGGUUGAUAUGAGCACAAUGGAUGACCUGCAUGUGAAUCAAUUUUGUACAUUUAAAUAAUGAUGUAUUAUUACAAAUUGGCAUUGGACAUGCCAGGCUUUUGGAUUUUCAUGAUUCAAGAUGACAAUGUUCCCCAGAAGCUUAAAGUUCUCCGUCUAUAUUAAUUUAUUGAGAUGGGCUAUUGAAGAAAAAGAGGACUCUUUUUUUAAACAAUCGGCAACUUGCUUUUGCAAAAGUUAAAUUGGAACUAAAGGGUUUUUUCUGCCAA